AUGCGCCUUGCGAGUGGCUUUUUUGCGUCGUCACCAAAUUUCAAAUUAGAAACAUAUCAACACGCGUUUAAAAUAAAUAUACCAAAAAAAUGGACAUGGUUUUUCCUGGAAAAGAAUCAAAUUUUCUUGUUUUAUCAAGAUCCAGUUAAUCUCGUCACAAAAUGGAGAAAUAGAUUAUUUUCAGCAACAGCGGAUCUAUGCUUUGGCACUGAUAAAAGUAGUAUAAAGCAUAUAGAAGAAUUAAUUGACAAUGAUCAAUAUACAAAAUUAGACCAUGGAAUAACGCAGAGCGACACUAAUCCGAAGGAUCGUCAAAACUAUCGCUCUUGUGUUAAAUUAAUAUCCGAUGAUGUUAUCAAUCUACUUACUGAUCGUAAAGACACAGAAGGGACAGUAAUUUAUUUAAUGUUGCUGAAAAUGAUAGUAAGAGCUUACAUGGACAAAUCGGUCACAUUGAGUGAACUAUUACCUGAUCAAUUGAAUGAAAUUGAUAAAUUAGACAUCGAACAAAUAAUCAACAAUGCAUAUGAUCAAGCAACACAUAUUGUUCAACAUUCACAAAUGUUAGAUGUAUUAAAACGGCACGAUUUAAUUAAAUUACAAAACUUGAGCGAAUUUGUUUGUGAUAAUUUAAGUAAAACUUCAAAAAUGCGUAAUUUUUCUUCACAAAUAACAAAUUAUUAUGUCGACGAGUUUGGCUUAGACGACGAAAACGACGAUGAUAAUGUACUUAAUGAUGAACAAAAUCAGCUCGAUGAUGAAGCGUUAUUGGAUUUUGAAAAUGACGACGAUGUUGUUGAUGAAGAAGAUGUACUUACUUCUACAAAAUAUGAGCUCAAUGGAAUAAGAAUAUUUGAUAAUAUUGAUCCAAAUUUAAAGCAAUCGUACUUCAAGAUUAAGUUAAAUGGCAAAAUUAAGUACCUUCAUAAACAAUCAGCGUGCUGA